CACAACGUUGAAAAUCAUCCUCUAACCACACACACACCGUCACUAUAAAAGAAAGCCACAGAGACACAACAACGUGCACACUACGGUACUAUAGUAUAGUGUUUACUUACUUAAUUACUCAGCACUCUCAAAAAAAUAAAAACUUCUUUUAUAAAUUGGAAAAGGGACUCUUCACUCUUCUCUUUCUCUCUCUGCAAUGUAGGUCGUCGGAGAAUGGCAAAGUGUCAUCAGAACAACGUCGGAUCCAUCGCUCUUGACCACCGCCACUCCGCCAAAAAUGCCACCGCCGCCGGCCACUUCCGCGUGCUCCGCCGCUUGAUCUUCGACGCCGUCAGCUGCGGCGGCACCUCUCGCUACCGGUAUCGCCAGCGCGGUGGCGAUGUCAGCGACGGCGGUGACUUCAGCUCAGCGGCGUGCCACACAGAGAAGGAGGAGAGGUCGGAGAAGCUAUCGGAUCUUCUGAACGCAGCGGAGAAUAAAAUGGCGGCGGCGGAGGAGGAGAAGAAGAAGGAAGAGGCACUGGCGGAACUGAAGCAAGUGGUGAAGGAGCUGCGCGAAGAAGACUUUAGGAAGCAGCGAAUCGCCGCUGCGAGAGUGAGGUCACUAGCGAAGGAAGAUUCGGAAGCGAGAGUGAAUCUCGCAAUGCUCGGAGCAAUUCCUCCUCUCGUCGGGAUGCUCGAUUCAGAAGACGCUCAUUCUCAAAUCGCAUCGCUCUACGCAUUGCUCAAUCUCGGAAUCGGCAACGAUGCAAAUAAAGCGGCUAUAGUGAAAAUUGGUGCGGUGCACAAGAUGCUGAAGCUAAUCGAAUCGAGCGGUUUAGAUUCGUCGGUGUCUGAAGCGAUUGUUGCAAAUUUCCUCGGAUUAAGCGCUUUGGAUUCGAACAAACCGAUAAUUGGAUCCUCCGGUGCAAUACCGUUCCUAGUUAGAACCCUAACGAAUUUAAACGAUAGUAAAAGCACGUCUCAAUCCCAAUCGCAAGUGAAGCAAGAUGCUAUGCGAGCUUUGUACAAUCUCUCGAUCUGUCAGAGCAACGUUUCAGUAGUUUUGGAAACAGAUUUGGUUUGGUUUCUAGUGUCCACAAUAGGAGACAUGGAAGUGAGCGAGAGAAGUCUCGCGAUUCUGAGCAAUUUAGUGUCGACUCCGGAGGGUAGAAAAGCGAUUAGCAGCGUUCGCGACGCGAUUCCGAUUCUUGUGGACGCGUUGAGUUGGACGGACUCGCCGGAGUGCCAAGAGAAGGCGUCGUACGUUUUGAUGAUAAUGGCGCACAAAGCGUACGGUGACAGGCGGGUGAUGAUAGAGGCAGGGAUAGUGUCGUCGCUGCUUGAGUUAACGCUCGUGGGAACCACGCUGGCUCAAAAGAGAGCCUCCAGAAUAUUGGAGUGUUUGAGGAUAGACAAAGGGAAACAGGUUUCUGGAAGUUACGGUGGAAACUUUAACUUGGGUGUCUCUGCUCCUAUUUGUGGAUCUUCUUCUUCUUCGUCGAAAGGGUGCUUGGUGGAGGAAGAUGGGAUCAUGAGUGAGGAAAAGAAAGCGGUGAAGCAGUUAGUGCAGCAGAGUUUGCAGAGCAAUAUGAUCAAGAUUGUCAAGAGGGCUAACUUGCGUCACGAUUUUGUUACAUCUACCCAUUUUGCUUCACUCACUUCCAAGAGUCUCCCAUUUUGAAGAAUAAUAAUGAAAUGAAACCAUUUCUCAUUGUAGUUUCGUUGAGUUUUUUUUUAUCUUCUGUAGCUACUUAGCAAUGAUAAUAAUAAUAAUAAUAAUAAUUACGAUA